AAAUCCGCUUCGUUAACCAAAGUAGUCAAAAUGAAACGGCUUUGUAUUUGUGAAAUUUGCAACUGUGGCCGCCACCGGUGCGCACACGGGCCCACGGCGCUGUAUCGGAGGAGCAGCAGGGCGUGUGUGGUGAGCGAGUACGCCGAGAAAUACCCCGCCUAUGAGAUCUGCCAGCCUACCCGGAGCCCGAAACCCACAUACGAGCACCAGGGAAACCGGGGCAAGAUGGACGGGACGACGACAUUCAGGUCCGAUUACGUCCCCUACGAAGUCAGCCAGCGUCCCAGGAAGCCUGAGGUGGAGUACCAACCAAACCCAGGUGAAAUCGACCUGGCCACCACUUACAAACAGGACUUCAACCCCUACGAGCUGCUGCCGGUGCCACCGCCGCGGCCAAAGGAGCAGCCCAGAGCCAGCAGCGCCAAACUGGACACGGUGCCCACCUACAAAGAGGAUUUUCGUCAGUGGGAAAUUCACAAGCGAGAGCUACCCAAAGCAGACAUGGCUUACCGGCCUCCAUCAGCAAAGUUUGGGAACACCACAACGUUCCAAGACGAUUUCAUCCCAAGAGGCCUCGUCGUCCGAGAGAGCUUCAAGCCGCCAAACAUAGCCAAGCUAUCAGACACUCCUUUUGAGGGUGUGACCAGCAACCAACUUUUCUACGUGCCCCACGCGAUGGAGGUACGCUUCGUCCGAGCCCCAGAGGAGUACAAGCCAAGCAGCCAGCCUUUCUUGGAGCUCACCACUCACCGGCGCGACUACCAGGGCCUGCCAGGUCAGCAGACCAAGAGCUGCAAGCCCGACCGGGCCGUGGUGUCCUCUGGCGCGCCCUUUCAGAGCAGCACGGAGUUCCGCGACCGCUUCCAGCAGUGGCCCGUGUCGCUCCCGCGGCCGCACAAAGCGGUGGGCUACGCCAGCCCCACGGCGGAUAUGGACCUAAGCACCACCACACAGACCACCUACGUCAAGCACAACGUCCACCCCUUCGUCUCCGUCAAGCCCUUCUCCAAGCCCACCCGCGCCGCUGCCCCCUUCCAGGGCAACACCACCAUGAAGGAGGACUUCAAGGCCUGGGAGACCCGGCGCCGGGACGUGAUCCGCAAGCCUGAGGAGAUCCGGAGAGCCCGUGGCAAGAUGGAGGACCUGACCACCUUCAAGGCCCACUUCAUCCAGCACCCGCCUCAGAGCAACGUCAGCUACAAGCCUCUCGCCGCACCCCUGAGAAAGGAUGCCCCCAUGGAGGAUGGGACCAUGUACCGCAGAGAGUUUACUCCCAAGAAGAUCAGUGUGUGCCCGGCCAGCUUCACCACUCCCCCAGGGUUCAUCUUUGUGGACACUGAUGAAUGUGGUCACAGGUUUUUUCACAAAGUGGCUUCCCAAGAGAAAAUGGCUGCAGACAGUAACAUGCAGGCUCCUAAGGCAGUGGCCGUGAUGUCAUAAGAAUGUGACCUAACUAAGUCACAGUAAAAUUUCAAAUCUCUCUGCAUCUUUACUGCACGUGUCUGGGAGAGUAUUUAACCCUUAAUUAGUAUUUAUGAUCUUUUAUAAUGUAAAUGUAAUGUAAUGGCAUUAGGUUGAUGGAACGUAAUUGAAGACAUAUUAAGAUAUAAGAGGGCAAGACAGUAAGACAUUUGCACAUAGCUCUUUCAAAAUUGAUGGUAAUAAUAAAUAAUAUGUAUUAUAUUUUAGCUUAAUCACAUAUAUAAAAUAUUGGUUCCAAAAACAUAAAAUCCCACUUGAUUGUAUUAGAUCCUGUAGCACUGCACUUAAAAGAGCAAUCAGAAUGUUCUGAACAAUAUAUGAUACACAAAUUGACAAAGACCACUGAUAUUCAAUAAGUACACAUGAAAUAACAGGGCUGCAAUAGGCCAAGCCACAAUUCAACUCAGUAUAUAUGAUGCGGUUCUUGUCAGUAAGAUACAGUAGAUAGGGUCUAGCCAAUAAAUGUUACAUUUCAAAUUCAAAGCAAUCUGGGCAUGGCAAUGAACUAAUGAAUUAAGAUCUUGUUUGAAUGAAAAUCCUGAUUGCUAUAAUCUUUCAUCUUUGACCACAAAAACAAUGGGGAAAUGUUGAAUGUACUCCAUGUAGAUUUCACCACGUGGAUCUCUGUGUGAUCUCUCAUAACCUUUAAAACUGAUGCAUCAAUCAAAAUACAUGUUGUUACACUUCUAUCAAUUAAGCAAAGAAAUAUAGAAAUAGUUUAAAACCAACAGAGAUUGCUUUAUAUUUCAGCUAAUAUUUAUGUCCACUGCUCUGUGCAUUUCUGAAGAAUUGUGAACAUUUAUGUGCCAAACUUUCUUUCAAAGAAUCAUCUGCCCCUAAAGUAAUACGCACAAGGCAUGUUACAGCGACAGUAAUGAUCAAAAGGGAAUUAACAGAUUGUAAAAGUUUAUUUAUUUUUUUAAAUUUUGUAACACAGAAGUGAGUAGUUAGUGAUAUUGUUGUGAGUAGUUAGAGAGAGUCCUCUCUCAUCUGUUUCAACAUGAGCCAUGCACAAAUCCAGUACAUCUCAACAUCCUGAAUGUUCUGGAAGAAAGAUUUAUAUUUAUAUUUAUAUACAUAUAUAUAUAUAUAUAUAUAUAUAUAUAUAUAUAUAUAUAUCUCAGUAGCCAAUUAAGUAUUGUUGAAUGCCUGUACAUAUUACAAAUGGCCUGUGUAACUGUUCACACAUUGCAAAAUGAAACCAAAAGGCAUGCUUGGAAAUACAGUAGGACAAAAUAUU